AUGCCGUUAUUCAGGUCGUUGCAUCAUGCUUCGGAGAAGAAACGCGAUUUGUCAGAUUUGAUCACAACACAGCAAGAAGAACAUGAAGAAAAAUCAGAAAAAUUCAAAGCAAAUUCUAGGAAAUAUAAUUCACAAUUUACCAAACAAAAAUUUACAAAUUCGGAAGGGAAAUACAAUUUUUCCUCUUCAGCACAUGUUGUAUUUCCCUUCAUGAUGAAGAAUUCAUGGACGGAAAUUGCAAAUAUUUUGAAAGAGAGCGAAAUUUCAUCAAGUGCUGAAUUUGCUGCAAUUGUGAGGAAAAUUCAGAAAAUUUCCUAUCAAUCACAUGAUAAGAAACAAGUGGAAUCAGUUCUAGUUCAAGAUAUUAAUCUAUUGAGUAUGUUAUUGGAUGAGAAGAGUAGUGCAAAGUGGGAAGGACGUCCAAAGUUUUUUACUGAAACAUUGCCAUUCAUCAUUGAGUUGGUUUUGAAAUCUGAGAGCAUUCUUGGAUCGUAUGCUGGUGAUUUGUAUGAACAUGAAUGUCAGAGACAGUCAACUAUAGUGUUGAAUGAAGGAUUACUGCCAAUAUUGGAGGAAUUGAACAAGUCAUCAAUUAAUAAUGAAUCAAGAGCUGUGAAAUUGACUAAAUUGGAAUGUGCUUGUAUAUUGGCAAAUAGUUUCUUUUGUACAUUUUCAAGAUUGGGAGAUGUAAAGGAAGGAACCUUGAAAAUUACAAGUAUUAACAUGGAUACUCUGUUUAUCAAUCCAUACAUUGCAAGUAGCUCCAAACUCUUGAUGAUUAUCCAUUAUUUUGAGAGAUUAUGUGAGAGAGGAAUUGAGGAAAUUAAAAGAUUUGGCUAUGUGACAUUUAUUAGAAAGAAAGUAGAGCCAUAUCAAGUCAUUUGUCAAAUUCAACAAUCAACUGUUGAAAUAUCAAACAAUCAAGUGAUUGUUCUUCCAGAAGGAUCAAUUGAGGAUUGUGAAAAUGCCAUUCACAGUGACUUUGCAAACAAGUACAUUGGAGGAGGAGUUUUAAGAGGAGGAGCCGUUCAGGAGGAAAUUAGAUUUGCACUCAGUCCUGAAUGUAUCAUCUCUAGGUUGAUUGUUGAAAAGCUUUCGAAUAAUGAGUCAUUAUUAAUUUGUGGAACAGAGCAGUUUAGUUCACAUCAAGGAUAUGCCAAAUCACUCCUCUAUAAGGGAGACUUUAUUGAUGGAAAUUAUGAGAAGGAAAGCGAACAUCUAUUUUGCUUCAAAUCACAAAUUGUUGCAUUCGAUUCUAAAUAUUACUAUACGAAUGAAAAAUUGAAACAGUGGAAGAUUGAUUGUAUAGAUAGAGAAAUUAUCAAGGCCUAUUCUGCAUUCUGUUCUAUUAGAAAGAAUUAUGGAUUGAAUUUCUAUUCGAAUAUUUCUACAGGUAACUGGGGAGGUGGAGCAUUCAAUAGUGAUCACGAACUCAAGUUUAUCAUUCAAUUAAUUGUCACUUGCCAUUGCGAAAAACCAAUGUAUUAUUAUACCUUCAAAAAUACUGAACUGGCAAGAAAAUUCAAAGACUUUUUGGAAUUUUGUGAAAAGCAUAAUGUAACAGUUCAAAAAAUUUACAAUCUUCUAGAGAAUAUGUAUUCAGAGUACAUUGAACCAAACUCUCACGAAGAAACCUUCUCUCCUCACACAUUAGAAUAUCUAAUGGGCAAACUAACCUCAAAAUAA